CCGCAGUGCGCCGGGCCCGAGCGGAGCCGGAAAGAGCCGGAAAGAGCCGAAGCGGAGCCGAGCGCCGGCGAAGCGGGAGGCGGAAAGAGCCGAACGGCGGGGACGGAGCGGGGCCGAAAGGAGCCGAAAGGAGCCGAAGCGGACCCGCCUGAGGGUCCGGCCAUGCCUUGAAGCGGCUCCUCAGACCCGUCCCGGGCUCUUCCUCCUCGUCCUCCUCAUCCUCGUCCUCCUCCUGCGGCGGGGGAGGGGCCCAUGGGCCGGGCAGGGGGCUGAGGGGGCCGGAGACGCUGAACGGGGCCCGAACUGGGCUGAACUGGGCUGAACUGGGCCCAACUAGGCCGGAGAAAUCAGAGCCGGGCCGAAAAGCGGCGAAGUUGUCCGGAAAGAGCCGAAGCGGGCGAGGAAUAAGCGAAGUGAGGACGGAGCUGUACGGAAAGAACCGAACCGGGCCGGAAAGAACCGAGCUGGGUCGGAAGUAAGCGAAGCGGGCCGGAAGUAGACGAAGGGAGCCCGGGGAGGGUCGGAAAGAGCCGAAGCGAGCGCGAAGGGGGUCGGAAAGAGCCGAAGGUGUCCGGAAAUUGCCGAAGUGCCGCCAUGUUGCUGUCGCUGCUCCUCGGGCUCCUCGAGGUUUCGGGGGCGCUGGGGGGCUGCGUGGAGGUGGCCUCGGGCACCGAGGCCGUGCUGGGCGCGCCGUUCCGGCUGCUCUGCAUCGCCUGCAAGCGCCGCAGCGAGACCCCGGCCGAGGCCGAGAGCGAGUGGUUCUUCCGGCCCGAGGGGGCCCCCCACUUCGAGAAGAUCCUGCACUACAGCCCCGAGGAGGGCGAGUGGGUGGCCCCGGGCCCGUUCCUGGGCGUGCUGGCCUGGAACGGCUCGCGGGGCACGCGCGACCUGCAGGACCUGUCGGUGUGGCUGCGCGCCGUGCAGCGCGGCCACGCCGGGCACUACGUGUGCCGCCUGAAACGCAACCUGACCUUCGAGGGCUACACCUACAGCCUGGCCAGGAACCAGACCCUGCGGCUGGCCGUGGUGGACAAAGCGCGGCGGGACCUGGCGUCCAUCGUGUCCGAGAUCCUGAUGUACGUGCUGAUCGUGGUGCUGACGCUCUGGCUGGCCGCCGAGAUGCUCUACUGCUACCGCAAGGUGGCGGCCGCGGCCCCGCCCCCCGACAGCGCCUCGGAGUACCUGGCCAUCACCUCGGAGAGCAAAGAGAACUGCGGCGGCGUCCAGGUGGCCGAGUGACCCCGAGUGACCUCUGACCCCUGAGUGACCCCUGAGUGACCUCUGACCCCUGAGUGACCCGGAAUGACCACAGAGUGACCCCUGGAUGACCCCUGAGUGACCCCUGACCCUGACUGACCCCUGAGUGACCACUGACCGUGAGUGACCCCUGACUGACCCUGAGUGACCCCUGACUGACCUCUCGCCCCUGAGUGACCUCGAGUGACCCCUGACCCUGACUGACCCCUGAGUGACCUCUGAGUGACCCCUGAGUGACCCCUGAGUGACCUUUGACCACUGACUGACCCUGAGUGACCCCUGGGUGACCUCUGACCCCCAGGCCCCCCCCUGCAAUAACCCCCCCGGGGGGGACCCCCCCGACCCCUCCCCCACCCCCGACCCCGCAUGGCCCCUCCCCCCACCCCAAAUUUGGGGGAAAAAAUCCCAAAAUUUGGGGGAAAAAAGCCCGAAAUUUGAGGGAAAGAAUCCCAAAAAUUCGAGGAAAAAAUCCCAAAAUUUGGGGGAAAAAAUCCUAAAAAUUGAGAGAAAAUUCCCCAAAAUAAUGAGGAAAAAAUCCCAAUGUUUUGAGGAAAAAAAAAUCCUAAAAUGUGGGGAAAAAAAUCCCAAAAAUUCGAGGAAAAAAUCCCAAAAUUUGAGGGAAAAAAUCCCCAAAUUUGGGGAAAAAAAUCCCAAAAAUUUGGGGGAAAAAAUCAGAAAAAAAUGGGGAAAAAAUCAGAAAAAAUUUGGGGAAAAAAUCCCAAAAAUUCGAGGAAAAAAAUUCCCAAAACCUGAGGAAAAAAAUUCCUAAAAAUUAAGAGAAAAAAAAUCCCAAAAAUUUGAGGCAAAAAUUCCAAAAUUUGGGGGAAAAAAUCCCAAAAAUUUUGGGGCACAAGUCACAAAGUUUGGGGAGAAAACCCCCAAAUUUGGAGAAAAAAAAAUAAAGUAAAAUUACAGAAAAAAUCCCAAGAAAUGGAGAAAUAAAACAUCCCAAAAUUCAGAGGAAAAAACCCCAAAAGUGAGGGGAAAAUCUGAAAAAUUUGAGGGAAAAAGUCAUAAAAUUUGGAGAAAGAAAUCCCAAUUUUUUGGGGAAAAAUCUUCAAAAUUUGCAGGAAAAUUUGCCAAAAUUUGGGGGGAAAAUUUCCCAAAUUUUGGGGUAAAAUCCCCCAAAAUUUGGGAUAAAAAUCCCCUAAAAUUUAGGAGAAAAAAAUCCCAAAAUUUGGGCUAAAAUUCCCCAAAAAUUUGGGGUAAAAAAUCCAAAAUUUGGGACAGAAAAUCCUCAAAUUUUUUGGGAGAAAUCCCCGAAAUUUUGGGCUAAAAUUCCCCAAAUUUGGGGUCAAUCCCCCCCCGGUGUGAGAGGGUGUGUGCAUGUAAAUGAGCCGUAUGCAAAUGAGCCGUAUGCAAAUGAGUGUUAUUUAAAAGAGCAAUAUGUAAAUGAGACAAGAGGACAAGACCUCAACAGCACUUUAUGCAAAUGAGGGGGUGUGGCAAUACAAAUGAGGGUGGUAUGCAAAUGAGGGGUGUGUACAUAUAUGUAAAUGAGAUGACAUGCAAAUGGAGUUGUGUUGUUGAUAUGCAAAUGAGAUGGAGAUGAGCGACGGCAAUUGUGAGCACGGGUAAUUUAAUAUGUAAAUGAGCUGUACAUAAACAAGCGUUAUGCAAAUGAGCACUGACGCAGCCGCACAAAUGCACAUCUCACUUAACUGCGAUAUGCAAAUGAACCUGCACAUGAGGCGGGGCAUGCAAAUGAGCACCCAGCACCGUAUGCAAAUGAGCACCGCCGUGUCAACACAUCGCUGUAUGCAAAUGAGCGCCCGUAUGCAAAUGAGUGCCAUAAUUAACGGAGUAAUUGUGCCAAGCCCCGAUAUGUAAAUGAACAUGCAAAUGAACAUGCAAAUGAGCUGGA